CAAGACAAACAAGACAGGCAACGUCAGUGGCCACGCCUUAAAGAUAAUAUUGACCGAUGGUGGUGCAUUGGAAACACUGUUGGAGUCUUUUUACUGCACGUCUUGUUUAGCGCCACAGCGGAGUUCUUUGUAGGGAAAGAAAUGUUUGACUAAGACGUCCUGUGAGCGGCCAUGGCGUCCCUGGGACAGAUCAUCUUCUACACCAUGAUCACGCUCAUCAUCGUCUUUCUGUCACUCAUCAUACUCAUCUUGGCUUUGACCUUCUCAGGCUCCUUGUCCGUGGUCCAGAGCCUCAACAGACUUCCUGUGGCCAACCUGGGCCAAGACCACGUCCUCAGCUGCUUCCUGCCAACCGACGGCGAGCAAAGCACCUUCAAGCGGGUCUCAGUCACGUGGGAGAAGACCUCUCUGUCCGGGGUCGUCUUCCGCUACGAGGACGGCGCCGAGAGCAACGGCGACCAGGACUCUCAGUACAGCGGCAGGGCGGAGCUCUUCACGGAUGCCGUGGUCAAAGGAAACGCCUCCCUGCUGCUGAGGGGCGUGAGGCGCGCCGACGAGGGCGAGUACACGUGCGGCGUCAGCUACUCGGACGGCAGCGGCGAGGUCAGCAUCCGCCUGAGGACAGCAGCCUUCACAGCGCCCACGUUCGCGUUCUCAGACGGCGCCUUGACAGCUGAGGCAAGCAGGUGGUUCCCCAAGCCCAACGUGACGUGGCUGGACGUCGACGGCAAUGUCCUGCGGGGGAACACCGACUUUCAGGAGAAAUCUGCGGGGAUGUUCCGUGUGGUCAGCACUCUGCAGCCCGUCAACGACAGCGGCACGUACACCUGCAGGAUCCACAACCGCCUGGUGACAGCGCACGCAGAUGCCACUGUGACAGGCUCUGACAUUUCAGGGAAAACCCGCUUCACCUACGAUGCUGCAUCAGCUCCGCUAGCAUCAUAUGACAUCAUUGCCAUGUGCAUCUUCUGCAUCUGUUUUCUGCUUUAAUGUCACGCUUCACAAAUAACCAACGUCACCCUGAUGUUCCACGUAGAUGUAGAAGUAAAUUAGUUUGGGGUUAAACUAGUAUUACCUUGAUUAUCUCCUCAUUAGACAUUGCUAAGAUGUUCAAAUAAAUGUGUUGA